UGUCUCACAAUCUACAUAAAAAUAAACACAAAUGACAUGAAUGGGUUCUGGGGCACACAACCUAAGACGUAUGUGCUCCCCAAGAAGCUAUAAUCUGAUGGUGAAAGCACAAACUUUGUGUUAUUUGAAGCUAGGGAAAUUUUAAUAUGCGCAUGAUGACGCGUAAAAGUGUGCGCUCCGGCUCCGCACGGCUAGCAGCGGCAGCGGUAGCGGCAGGAAGUAUACUGUCGAAGCGGCAGUAGGGGGGAGACAGCCAAGAACCAAAAGUCGGUGUUUUAUCAGGAGGAGGAAAAAAUAACCAUGCCUAAUCCGUGAUUGUUGCACAUUUUGCAUAUCCUCGCCGUGCAUAAUUCUCUUCGCGGGCGCAGAGGCCAAUUGAGGGUGAUACCUCAUUGGCUGGUGUGACCCCUGCAGGCCCACCCUGGGUGGGCCCUGUUUGACUGGACCUGCCUGGCUGAGUGGCGCUUGGGGAGAAAAUGGCCAGCACUCUUGCCCUCAACUGAAGAACUAAGCCCAUCUGUUUCUUCCCCCACGUCCCUAACAUCACUGUUCAUUGCUGUGUUGUGAACCGUGAUUCCCUCCAACCGAUUGCUUUAGAGUACUAUGGCAAUGCAUGAUAUGAGUCGUGCCAAGGGUUUCCCCUGUAAAGAGUGUGAUAUGGUUUGCCCGAGUACUCCAAGUCUUCUAGAGCAUAUGAAAGCACAUUAUCAGCAAGAAGAGACUGGACGUUUUGAGUGUGAACAGUGUGGCCGAAUUUACAAGCACGCAGCUAGCCUAGCAAAUCAUAAAAAAUCUCACGAAGUAGGUUCAUUUCAGUGUCCUGUUUGUACACGUACCCUGCCCAACGCAGUAGCUUUGAAGAAUCACCUACGUAUCCAUACAUUAUCUCCCAGUAGUGCGCACACAGAAGAAGAGAGUGAAGAAGUACCAGAAGAAGCAGGCCACGACGAGAGGGACUACGGUCUUGCCCAGGACCUCUCUGACGGGUUUGGGCGCUCUCACUUGAAUAACAGUGGUAUGGGACAUAGUGUCCUACAAAGCCACGAGACAGACGACCACGGAAAAAAAGGCUCCCCUGAAUCAGACGACGCGUGGGACAGGCCAUUCAAGUGUGAUCAGUGUGACAGAACCUACCGGCAUCACGGUAGCCUGGUGAACCAUAAGAAGUGUCACCAACAAGGAACUUUUAAGUGCUCUGUGUGUUUCAAACAAUUUAGCAAUCUGGCUGCCCUAAACAGCCACGAGAGAACUCAUUCGAAGUUCAAGACCCCUGGGGCAUCCAUGGUGAGCAGCAGCAGUAGUAGCAGCAGCAGCCUCCAUGACUCGGAGCGCAGCAGCGGCACCCAGUCCUCCCAAAGUGAUGACACAACCUCUUGUUUUUGCCACCUGUGCCAGCUAGCCCUACCAAAUAAGGCAGACUUCCAAGAGCAUAUCCUGCUGCACAACACGGCCUCGCCCUCUCUUGGCUUGCCACGCAGUUUUCCGGGCAUCAUGCCUCACAAUCUGAGUGCAGUUCGUUCCCCAGCGUACACUCCAACCCUCGGGGACCCUCUACCCCUGCCACCCCUGCCUAGUGAAAAACGGGGUCCCUAUGAUCCCAUAAUGGGUCCUCCGGUCAAUAAUCCAAUCUAUACAUGUGCAUACUGUGGAGCAGGACACCCAGAUUUGGAGACCUUGAAAGUCCACUAUCUAACCCAUGAUCCCCACCCUGCUGCCCAUGGUCAGGACAACUCACUCCUGAAUUCAGACACGCUAAGUUCUGGAUCACAGGGCUCAGUCUCUUCUCCCUCUGGAGGCCGUGUGCCCCAGGCCAAUUCUCCAGAUGAUGGAGAGAGGCGGUUUAAGUGUGGAGAGUGUGGCAAAAGUUACCGGCAUGCAGGAAGCUUGGUCAACCACAAACGCUGCCAUCAGACAGGCCACUACCAGUGCACCAUAUGCUGUAAGCAGUACCCUCACUUGGCAGCGCUACACAGCCACUUAAGAAGCCACAAGGGUCGUCCUUCCAAUCAGCCAAUUAAUAAUGACAGCAAUGACUGGCUAUCUCCAGAGCCAUUAACUCUGGACUCCCAACAGAGCUAUGUACAGGAAGGCAGUGGCGCCACCACUCCAAUCUCGCUGCAGGGAAAUCUUGGUGAUGCUGCCCACUUUGUACCAGAUGGAGGCCAUAGCAGUGGGUUGGACUCUCUUGAGUUUCAUGAUCGUUUUGAUGGUAGCUCGCUAUCCCAGAGCAACUCUGCUCACCGGCAGGCUGACAGACAUGUGUGUGCUGACUGUGGUGAGAUGUAUGGAGAUGUAUCUGGUAUCAAGGCACACAUGUGUCCUCGCCGUGGCCAGCAGCAGCAGCAGCAACAGCAGCCUCAGCAGCAGCAGGGAAAUAUGUCCAAUGGUUUUAUGGGGACCAUGAACUACCACAGCUCCACUGGAACUUCGUUGCCUGCUGGAAGCUCCAGCAGCCUGAAAGAAGGUAGCAGCCAACGGCAGUACUCCCAGAGCGGAGGCAAGAGGAUGGGGAACAAUGACAAAGAUGAUGAGGACGAUGGAGAAGUGUAUCAGUGCUCAGUGUGUGGCAACCAUUAUGCCAGCCUCAGAGCUCUCAGGAGCCACCUGCGUAGCCAUGCCAAUAACCCAACAGGGCCAGGACAUUCUAACUUGGAGCAAGACUGGAGGAUGAUCUGCUCUACCUGUGGCCAGAGCUUCUCUAGGAAGCAGGAUCUCUUGAAUCACCAGCUAAUCCAUGGCCCACAAAGGCCAGAUGGCCAGCAACAGGGUAUUGGAGGCAGCUCAGCUAAUGGCAAUGACAAGAUGGAUGGGCGCAACCAUAUUUGUGUUGACUGCGGCAUGUUUUUUGCUGACCGCCACCACCUGAUCACCCACCUGUGCCCUGGUAAGAAUCGGGGCAGCUCACUGAACAAGCAGGGCCUGAACGGAGCCAAAGGUAUAUCUGGAGGUGAUGGCGUAGGUGGUGGGGUUGCUGGAGGAAGCUGUGAUGUUGGCAGUGAUGGACGUAGGGCUAUGGUUGACCAAAGUGACAAGCCCCACAAGUGCGACCAGUGUGGACGAGGAUACAGACACCCCUGCUCACUCCUUAAUCAUAAGAAGUCCCAUAAGACUGGUGUUUUCCGUUGCUUGGUGUGCCAGAAACGCUACUACAAUCUGCUGGCUCUCAAAAAUCACCAAAGGACCCACUUUGAUCUUAAAAGGUAG